UAUACUGAUCAGUUGUAUUUUUAAUGGACAUCCCUUAAAAUAGAGUGCUCAUAGAUUGAAAGUGUGAAAAGAUUCUAAGUGUCGUCCGUAUGUCUCUAACCCUUUCUACCCUUCCCUCCCCCAUUCCUAUUCCCCCCAAAAGGGAAAGCUUGCAGCAGAUUGUAGAAGGAUUUGAGUCUGCAGCUAGAGAGAAGGGGAUUAGGGCCAGCGCGGUGCAAGUUAAAUUGUGCUGCAUAUAAAAAAUGGGCGGAUUGGUCUCCAGAUCCAGAGGCUGGUACCACCUUCCUUUCUAAAAUAAAAUCUCUCUGGCAUGAAGUCACCGCCUAUUUCACAUCCGGUUUGCCCUGGGACGUAUUACUACUGUCUUGGUAAAGAGAAAUCUUUUGUUGUAUAGCUGCAGAUUGGAUAUUGGGAAGCAAAUUUGGGUGUGAAAUCUUCAGCAAAGGAGCACGCAGAGUCCAUGAUGGCUCAGACCGAGUGAGUGAGAGGCAGAGCGAGGACGCCCCUCCGCUCCCGGCGCGCCCGGACUCGCGGACUCGCGCUGGCUCCAGGAUCUCCACGAUUUUCUCUCGCAGACUUUUCCCGGGUCUUGAGCGAUCCUGUGCCCAGAGGGGGCCCGAGCUGCACAAGCCCGCGAUGAAGAAAAGUCCGGAUCUCUCUGACUAUCUUUGGGCCUGGACCCUCCUUCUGGGCACAUUGACUGGAAGAAGCUGUGGACAACCAUCACAAGAUGAACUUAAAGACAAUACCACUGUCUUCACCAGGAUUUUGGACCGACUCCUAGAUGGUUAUGACAAUCGCUUGAGACCGGGAUUGGGAGAGCGUGUAACUGAAGUGAAGACUGACAUCUUCGUCACCAGUUUCGGACCCGUUUCAGACCAUGAUAUGGAAUAUACAAUAGACGUAUUUUUCCGUCAAAGCUGGAAGGAUGAAAGGUUAAAAUUUAAAGGACCCAUGACAGUUCUUCGGUUAAAUAACCUAAUGGCAAGUAAGAUUUGGACUCCGGAUACGUUUUUUCACAAUGGGAAGAAGUCAGUGGCACACAAUAUGACCAUGCCCAACAAACUCCUGAGGAUCACGGAGGAUGGCACCUUGUUGUACACCAUGAGGCUGACGGUGAGAGCUGAAUGUCCAAUGCAUUUGGAGGACUUCCCUAUGGAUGCCCAUGCCUGCCCACUAAAGUUUGGAAGCUAUGCUUAUACGAGAGCAGAAGUUGUUUAUGAGUGGACCAGAGAGCCAGCACGCUCAGUGGUUGUAGCAGAAGAUGGGUCGCGCCUAAACCAGUAUGAUCUUCUUGGACAAACAGUAGACUCAGGAAUUGUUCAGUCCAGUACAGGAGAAUAUGUUGUUAUGACCACGCAUUUUCACCUGAAGAGAAAAAUUGGCUAUUUUGUUAUUCAAACAUAUCUGCCAUGCAUAAUGACGGUUAUUCUCUCCCAAGUCUCGUUCUGGCUCAACAGAGAGUCUGUACCAGCGAGGACUGUCUUUGGAGUAACAACUGUGCUAACCAUGACAACUUUGAGUAUCAGCGCCAGAAAUUCCCUCCCUAAGGUGGCUUAUGCAACUGCUAUGGAUUGGUUUAUUGCAGUGUGCUAUGCCUUUGUGUUCUCAGCUCUGAUCGAGUUUGCCACAGUAAACUAUUUCACCAAGAGAGGUUAUGCAUGGGAUGGCAAAAGUGUGGUUCCAGAAAAGCCAAAGAAAGUGAAGGAUCCUCUCAUUAAGAAAAACAACACUUACGCUCCAACAGCAACCAGCUACACCCCUAAUUUGGCCAGGGGUGACCCCGGCUUAGCCACCAUUGCUAAAAGUGCAACCAUUGAACCAAAAGAAGUCAAGCCGGAAACAAAACCACCGGAACCCAAGAAAACCUUUAACAGUGUCAGCAAAAUUGACCGACUGUCAAGAAUAGCCUUCCCUCUGCUCUUUGGAAUCUUUAACUUGGUCUAUUGGGCGACAUAUUUAAACAGAGAGCCUCAGCUAAAAGCCCCCACCCCACAUCAGUAGGUCCUUUAUUCAUAGUCAGUUGUUCAGUCCUCUGCACUGGGAAUUGCUUUCUGUUCCCAACUCGGUAAUUCCCAUCUGCUUUAUUGCCUCUGUCUUAAAGAAUUUGAAGGUUUCCUUGUUUCCAUAAUUCAUACAAGAACAGCAGACCCCUGUCUGGCAGUCCAGAGCAGAGCAGAGUAUACAGCUGAGAGACAGGAUUCACAGAGAGGGAGCAAGAAGGCAAAAUCGCGACAGAAGGAGACAGAAUGAAAGAAAGAGGAGAGGAGGGGGGGAGUAGGUCCAAAGGUAUCAGGAAAAGUAGAAGAAAAAUAAAACUGAGCUAUCACUCCAGGUCAUUUGUAGAUACAUAUUUCCAAAUACUCUUAAAAGAAGAUACUGUAUAUGUCAAAAAAUAUUUUUAUGUGAAGGUGUUUAAAAGAAUAAAUUAUGAAUGUUUGAUGCAGAACAGAUUUUAAAAAUCCAUGUCUUUAUUGCACAAACGACAGCGUGCUUACAUUUUUGUUUUGUUUUAAAACCGAUGUCUAGCUUUAACAUUUUGUUUCCAAAGCUGAAGAUCCCCAUUCUUUCUCCUUUUAAAAAUGCCUAAUGCAUUAUUUUCUUGGUAAAUGCUAUUUUAAAAUUCAUGGGAGUUGCAUAGGCAAAGGUGCACAUCCUCACUAUAGAGCACAUUUAGUCCAAUGGAGAGAAAUGCUUUAAAUAGGCUACUUCACUCUCAUCGGAGCUUUUACCUCAAGCCUCGAUGAGGAAUCAUCUUAGCAGAGACAUACACUCAAGAAAAACCAAAAAAAAAAAAACCAUUAAAUAAAAUAAAACAAUUAAAAAAGAUUCCCUUUCAUACCCUGUCUAUAUCCACAUAGCACAUGGGUCCAAUAAUCACUUGAUUCUCAUUAUGAAGAUGUUUUUAGAGGGGCAAAAAUAUUUUGCAAGCUCUAGAAUUGUUGAAUGUAUUAUUUUAUAUAACAGUACAUUAAAAGCUUUAGAUUGAUAUUUAUGACCAGUAAACAAAAAUAGAAUAUAUAAAUUCUAUAUGUAAAUAUACAGCAUGAGAUUGUACAUUUUUUACUUUUUUUAAAGUUCUGUUCUUAAAACGUUGUGUAGGACUCACCGCUCUUAGCUGUUAGAAUGUUGUUAAGUGCUGUGGAAACACCUUUAGAGCCUGCAUUUAAGACCAGAAUAGCCUGUGGGAAUCAGAAGGAACUUAAACUAUUUGGGUAUGAAAUCCACUUAUGUAGAGAAAGCUUAUAAUUUCAAACUGUUGUCUGGUAUACAGUAGUAUGUCAGUUGUUAUCUGCUCCAAUCAUGCCACAUUUCCCUAUUUUAGGCUCCUAUAAUAUAGAAAGAAAAUGGAAAAGCAUUAGUGGGCGCUAGAAGAUCAACUGUAUAUUAUUACUAUCUUUGCUGACACCAACUAUUUCAAUAAGUGUUGUACCACAUGUAGCAUCGAAUAUAAAAGUUCAUGAAAGAAUGUACAGGAAAUAACUUUUAUUGAGUAAUAUUAUUACAUUUCGUUUAUACUGUAGCAAUAUAUUUGUAGGUAUACUAUGUAAGGGCUUUAACUACAAGAGGUCCAUUAAUACUCCCUAUGAAAAUUCUAGUCUGUUUCAUUACUUCCCGUAUGUUUUAGAGAUAAAUAUUUACGCAGAAGGUAUUUUUGAAGUCUCCUUUUGUCUGAUAGAGCUUCAGAGAUAUUUAAAAUUAGUGUUCAGAAUCCAUAGUUCACAGUCUACACACAUUUAGAAUACUACAACAUAAACUUGUCAGCAGAAUUGCCAAAUAAGACAGUUGGGAUCCAUACCCAAGCUUUGAGCAAUGUUUUUCUCAAAAAGCUGCUAUCCAAUGAUAUAGGAAAAUACGUGGUUUGUGUUUUCCUAAACAAACUCUGGUUUUCUUUCUAAAUAUGUUUUAUUGUUUAAUUUGGUCCUGCCUAAAUUCGAUGAGCUAGGCCAAUGAAGGCUGAACCAAGGAUGCUACAUCCUCUGGUAUCAUGUGUAGAUAUCAUGUAUAGAUAAUAAAAUAAAAUAUGGCUCCAACUUCUGUGUUGUUGUUUAUCUUGUUAUUUUUCGGCGUUAACCUAAUGUGUUUAUUAUAAGCAUUUUACCUUCCAGACUCCUCAUGGCUAACAUUUGGUCUGUAUUUUGCUCAUUAGAUGUGAAUAUUUCUUCUUAGUCUGCUUUCUGCUAUGCAAUGACUGCAUUUCUAUCAUUUCUUAGUUUGUUAGUAUAUGUGGAUAGUAUCUAUUGUAUAAAUUGAUUGCACAAUUUAUCAAAGACAAAUUAUUCUGUGUAGCUUUUCUACAGUGCUUUGCUAAACCAUGUAAUAUUAGUUAAGUCUUCCUUGAAAAUAAAGACACUCUUAUAGAGGACAGUUCCUGUUUACUCCCAGGAAAAUUUUUUAAAAGAUGACACUGAAUGUUUAUUGCACCUUAGUGCAGUGCAGUGGCAAUAAAACCCAACAUGAAUCGAGGUUGUUUAUGGCAGAUGCAUGUAUUGCUUUACAGAGUUUAGCAAAAGCUCUUAAUUUUAUGUCAUACUGUAUUCUAUUAUAAUAAUAAAGCUAACAUUAUUCAAUAACAAAA